CACAUUUUCAAAGACAAUCACUUUAGAUGUACAUAGAUCAUGAAUUAAUUCUUAUAGAUACGUUAAUUAGAAACAUCUGAGUGAACUUAAGUCACAUGCCACCUUUAACCACGGUUUCCAGUCCUUGUGAGUCGAAGACGAACAUAGGUGACGAAGAUGUAGAUGUAAAGCCCACGACAUCGUCAUUAGGCCUGACACAAAACAACAUGAAUCUCAGCUUUAUUCCGGGUCAACGAGGCAAAUCUUUGUUGUGCUUCAAUAGUUAUACUUACGCCAAAAACAAUGUUUGCGGUAAUACAACAUAUUGGAAUUGUCGAAGUCGGCGUAUUGGUAUGGCGCCAUGUAAAGCACGUAUUACCACAAUGAAGCAACCCAAUGGAUUGUUCAGGGUGUGCCUUACUAAGCCCGAACACAAUCAUGAACCCUCUCCACGCAUGCUGAAGAAACUUGAGAAAUCAGUUUAAUCCUAAAUAGAAAUAGAAAAUAGAUUUAAAUAAAACUUAUAUUUAUGCAAAAAACUGU